AUGUAUACCUCCGCCCCCGCCCUCGUCGUUGGAAUCUUGAGCAUCUCAACAUCCGCCUACGCUGAGCACCUUCGAGUCGUCUGGUCUUCUGGCGCCUUCGGCGCUAUUGGUGGCCCCAGUGGAUCUGGCACCAAUGGCGGCUACACCGGCUUUGCCAUUCUCAACGACGCCGGUGAGGCUGUCUACGAUCAGUCCUACCCCAAUGACCACUCUCCCUGCUACAACACUGGCGACGGCCGCACGUUCACCAUCGAAGGCGACUGCUGGGAUACCGGGCGAGUCUUCCACUGCAAGUCAGACUUUGGUGGCGCGCCCAAGACAUGCGAGGUGAAGGAUAGCAACGGCAACGUCCUCGGUAGCGGCACGCAGCAAAAGGAUACCGAGUUCAUUGGGAUUGCUAUUGGCAUUGACGCUACCUGUGUGGUUGAAUUCGACUCUGAUGGAUCUGGCUGCCCUGUGGAUGACGGCCACGGUCCCCUUCACGUUACCUCGGGCUGA